AUGAAGCGGCGAGAGGCCGCGGCAAUGUGGCCCGCCGAGCGCGUGGCAACGGCACCGGACGUCAGUGGAGCUCGCAGUAGGCCGCCGCCCCACCCCGCGCCGGCACCCGCGUGGACCCCCCGCUUAGAUGAGAGGGAGAAGGAGAACGUGCAUGAGACGGCUGCCGCGCGCCACGCCGCAGAGGGGAUGCGGGAGGUGCCUGUGUUAGGCUGCCGCAUGAGGCGGAAGGACCCCAUGCACUUCGGCAACCCGCACAACAACACCGCAAACACCUUAGUGGAGCUGGAGUGCAUUCUCAUGUACGUGGAAAGCGUAACGUCGUCGCUCUCCCACCGCACGCGUGCCCCGAUGCCGCCGGAGUCUGUUCGUGUAAUAUCGAGCUCGGUUGUGGCCCCACACCGCAUGGCGGUUGCCGAGCAGCAGGAGUUGGAACCGCAUUACUCGCUUGCCAUGAGCCUGUACGAAAGUGCAAACAGCCUCCUUACCUGCAUCUCCAAGCUCGGCUGUGUGUCUCUCACCCAAAGUGACACACUGGACGGGAUUGAGCGGAAGGUGAAUACAACGGCGCGAGACGUCAACGUCGCACUGGACGCAAUUGCGGUGCGGUACUCGACUCAUGAGGUGUCGGACGUGCAGGAGUUUUUCAUCGGAAACCAACAAACCCUUGAGGAGUGUCGUCGGGUAAUUCACGACCUGACGCAGGCGGCGCAUCAACUACUCGUGCUGCGCCGCGUCGUCGCUGAGCGCGAUGCUCCGCGGGCAAAAAAGUUGUUUUAUGGCCAUCAAGGCGGCAACCUCCAAAAGAGCGUGACGUGCCUGCAAAGUCCGAUUUUCACGUGGAUGGAGAAGAAGUGGUUUCCCGCCAUGAAUGCUUGGAACAGCAUUCUCGCCCGGGCACGCGAGGAGGCGGAGACCUCUGACGUUGCCUCCGCGGUUGCACGAGGGCGACAGGAGGCGUUUGCCCAAAGCGAUUUAAUUGGCGAUAUCCUGCGCCCUGACGAGACGCUCUCGGAUUUGAUUUGCAACGAGCUGGUGAAGCCGUUGUCACAUUUGGCGGCGUCUUGUAAAAAGACGCAGCAACAUCUGAAUGCGCUUCGCGCCGCCGUUGCGAUGCCGCACUUGAAGGAGCUUACAGAGUGCGUCUGCGCCGUGGAGGAACUUGAGGCGGCUGGCCAGCUGAAGUUGGCGGGGGACCGUGCACUGCUGAAGGAGGGCAAGCAGCUUGUCCUCCGCCUCCAGCAGGUGGAGAACCUGGAGGCGGCGCUGCGUCUGGCGACUCAGGUUGGCGAGACAGUGACGCUGUUUCGCGCAAUACACCACUCGAAUGAGGUGAUCCUGCAGCUUGGCAUCGCAGGGGACGCGGCUGCAAACCGGGAAAUCGUGAGCCGCUGCAACGCAUUGCUUGAGGAGAUGAGCAGCGGCAGCAGCGCCGUUUCACCCGCCGAAUUUAUCGCGGCACGUGUUGACACGGCGUCGAUAGCCGUCGCGCAUGUGCCUUCGCAUAUAUGGUCCGCCAACGCGACGGCGGCGUACCAAGCCGCCUGCCAGAGCCUCACCACCCGCGCGGCGCAGGAUCGCGUUCGCCUGGACCUGAAACACGUUCUACAGGAGGGGGGGAACCUGCAGCUGAACGUGUCAGGGAGCACUGCGGUGGACGAUGCCAGCAACACCUCCUCGAGCAAUCGCCAGCUGCGGUUUGCACGGACGCAGAGUCAGUUCCCGAGGUUUAAGGCGGUCGGGGUGGGUGAGCUACGCGACGUGCUAAGGCGUGCGCGUGAGGUGGGUCUGAGCGAGCAGUUGGUGCAGGAUGGCGAGGCGUACCUGCGCUCCGUUGAGGCGCUGAAGCUGAAGGUGCACUUUGACGCCCAGCUGCGGGUGUUGCUGAUACCAGACCCCGAAAACGCAACCUUUGAAGACAUCUACAAGAAGAUCUCGCAGCUCUGCGGCGAGCCAGGAGAUGGGGCGGCGAGCUCGCCGGAGCGAAAGCUGCGGUUGCGUUACCAGGACAGCGACGGCGACUGCAUUUCACUCGUGACGCAGGAGGACUGGAACGUGUUUCUGGCAGAAGAGGCCCCCGGUGGCGUGUGUGGGGCAAAGCUUGAGUUGUACUGCGACUAUAUGCAACUUCCACACGCACGACUCACAGACACAGUCUUCACCCCACAACCUGUGGAGGGGGAGGAGGUGGAGAUCUCCCCUCCACCACUGACGGUUGGGCCGCCAGCGCAAGCCGGUGUUAAGGAAACGGCGCUGCGGUCAACACUCCUUGCCCAGCAGCGUCGCACCGGGGCAGUCAUGGAUGAGGCACAAAAGAAUUGCGCGAGGCUGGUGCGUUCCUACAGCACGGGGGUGGGGUUGCGUCGUUCUGAGUUUUUGUCGCGGUACAAAGCGCCGCAGCGGACGGCGAUGGACGACAUGUGUCUGCAGAAAACCCAGCGUUCGCUGGGCGCGGAGGUGGAGUCAGCGGGAGAGAAUUCACAGCCGUCGCGGCCGCGGAAGGCGAGGACGCCCGGGGCUGCGCCCCUCGGCGCCAAACCCGGCAUCGGCGGAGGCUGCCGUGUGGAGUCCGUGAAGCUCAGGGCGCAGCCCGCUUCGACAACGAGGCUGCCGAAGCCUCUGAUCCCGGCACCGCAUGAGAGAAAAGGGCGGGCGUUGCCGCGGGCUGCUGCCACCGCCCGUGCCGCGACUGGAUCUGGCGGUGCUGCUGCUGCUGCUGCUGCUGCUGCUUCCGCUUCUGUCGCCACUUCGACCAACCAUAUCACUCCCACCUCCACGAACACGUCUACUCCUGCUACCAGCUUCGUCAAGGCGGCAGCCACGCCCAACGCCAACGCUAAUAACUCGACCGUCGCCGCACGCACUGCCCCGCCGGGUGCAGCACCCUUAGAACUGGAGGCGGUCAAGCGGUGGAAGGACGACGACGCCCACAUUGAGUUACAGACAGUUGCAUCCGUGGCGUCCACUUCGCAACGUCCUGCGCCCAAUGUCAAGCAGUGCAAGACUCCUGUGAAACGGUACGGGACUCCUGUCAAGCAGCUCGCAACGAAGCGCGCCAGUAGUGGAUUUACGGUUACCCCGUGCUCGAAGAAGGUUGGGUUCGCUUCAAAGGAGGGCCGUGCGGAGGGUGCAACGACAGACAACACACGGAAGAAAGACAGCAUCACUGUUUUGGAGGAAAAGCGUGAGUGGAGCACCGACAUGUUCAUGCAGAGCGACGUCUGCACUGUGGCGAGUGAACAGACGACCCCACCAUUGAAUGGUAAAGGAUGUGCUGGGAGGCAGAAACCGGCAAACGUGUCCACUCCCAGUAAUUCCUCACUAGGAGCUCCCUCAGUUGUUCAGCCUCCACUUUCUGGUAGUGCGAAGAAGAAGGCGGAAGUACUGCGACAGCUGCGGCAGCUACGUGAGGAAAACCAAAGGGCCCUCAACGCGGCCCUCACUCAUCGGCGAACAGGAAAAUAA